CACGUGUAAAAUUUUUUCUUGUUGAAAUUUUUAAAAAAUUUUUAUUUUUUAAAAUCUUUUUAAAAUUGUUAAUAAUGUCCGGUGGUAAAAUAUAUAAAUUUGUUCAAACUUUACAACAACGUUUACAACAGCAAUGUAAAAGUGGAGAAAAAGGAAUCAUAUUUGGUUUUAAUUCGGAAAAUAAUUCCUGUUAUUGUAUCGGUUGUAUCAACAACCAUGAAGAACAAAAUUCAAUCAUUGAAGAUAUUCCACCGGGAAAUACUUUAUUGGGUGCUUAUUUUCUUGGAUCAUUCGAUGAAGAUUCAAUCGUCGAUUUCUGUAGUGAACUAAGCAAAGAUAAAAAAUCUGGUAAACUUUUGGUUUAUCAGUUCUCGGAAAAUGAUGAAAAAGAAAAAAUUUUACAAUUUGAUAUAAAAUCAAAAAAACUAACCGAAUAUCAAAUUGAAAUUGUUGAUUAUCAACAAGCACUGGAGCCAUUAAUCCGUAUCGAUUUGAUUGUAAAUUUCCCGUUGAAUCUUUCGUUUGAAGAUUCCGCUGUUACAACGAAUCUACCAUCGAUUAUUGAACAAUCGAAAAGUUGGAUUUUCCAACUUGAUAAAUCAUCAUUUCAACUGAAUAACCGGGAAGAAAUUUCACAGAAUAAAAUCGAAAAUCUUUACAAUGAAAUUGAACAAUUUGAUGAAUUACAAGAUUUACAAAUACCAGGGAAUAUGAAGAAAAAAAUGAUUGAAAAAUAUCAACGACAAUUACGUAAUCAAAAAAGUUCUGUUCAAUUCAAGUUGCUUGGCAAUUCAGGUGAUGAAAAAUCCAAUAACCAACCAGAUAAAUUGGAAAAUAAUCAAAAUUAUAAUUUUGAUUUCGAAAUGAAAUUUGCAUAUCUUUUGCCGAUGCAAAAUAAUCUACAACAAUUGUAUAAAAUAUUCGUAAAUUCUUCGAAUAAAAUGCUGAAAUCUCUUGAGAAAUAUUUCAGCAACAAACUUGAAUACCCGAUGAAAAUGCCAAAAGUUUUAAAUUUUUUCGAACCAUCAAAUUAUACGCAUAUUAUUACUACGGUUUAUCGUGAUUUAGAUUCACCUGAAUCAUAUAAACAACAAAGAAAAUUAUUACAUUUAAAAUUUCGGGUACCAAUGUCCCGGCCUACUUUUAAAUUGGCCAAUUCUUUGGAAUGGCAACAAGAUUCCUUAUCUUUAUCAUCUGGAAAACGACUGACAAAUGUCCAUGUUGGUUUGAAAUCCGAUAUAAAAAAUGGACAAUGUUUUCUGGUCCAGGGGAAAUAUUCCUAUUAUCAUUAUAAUCAAGAUAAUUUUAAUGAUUCUGGUUGGGGUUGUGCAUAUCGAUCAUUGCAAACAAUAAUUUCAUGGUUUCAAUGGCAAGGUUAUAUUGAUGAUCAUAAAGUUCCAACACACAAACAAAUUCAACAAGCAUUGAUUGAUGUUGGUGAUAAACCGGUGGAAUUUUUAGGAUCAUCACGUUGGAUUGGUUCACAAGAAGUAUGCUAUGUUUUGAAUCAUCUUUACGGGAUUGAAUCGAAAAUUAUUUUCAUAAAUUCAUCGAAUGAAUUAUUAGAUAAAGCAAGAGAUUUGAUUAAACAUUUUUCCAUAAAUGGUACACCAAUAAUGAUUGGUGGUGGUGUUUUAGCACAUACUAUUAUUGGUGUUGAUUUUAAUCAAUCAACAGGUGAUGUUAGAUUUUUAGUUUUAGAUCCACAUUAUUUAGGUGAUGAAGAUCUGAAUAAUAUUCAUAAAAAGGGUGGCUGUGCUUGGAAACCGAUAACAUUUUGGGAUAAAAAUUCAUUUUAUAAUCUUUGUUUGCCACAAAUACCGGAUGAUUUUUAAAAUAUUAAAAUUUUUCUUGAAAUCAACGAAAUUUUUUGAAAUAAAAAACAACGAAUUUUAUCA